AUGAUAUUGACUGUUGAAGCAAAGGUUGAUUCUUUGUCCGUGGUCAGGGUUAGGCGAUCAUUAGUGAGCGGUGGUGUUGUUGAUCCUACAGCAAAGCUCAGGGGAUCAUCAAGCAGCAGUGACCUUGUUGAUUCCAUGGCUAAGCUCAAGGGAUCAUUAGUGAGUGGAGGUGCUGUUGCUCGCUUCCGCUAA